CACCGUGUUGCCGCUGGGCGCGCUGUUGGAGAUGGUGCAGGGUUUUGCCUGCUGGAUGUGACGGUAGAAGGUCAUCCUGUGUAACGUGUCAGCAGGCUGUCACCACACCGGUGUCACUCCACCCGUCCGGCUGUUGCUACACACAUCGGUAUCUUAGCUGACCUCAACGGUAUCUCAGAAAAUGGCCAAGAAGCGGAGAGAAAGGCGAGAGACCGACGGUUUGUCCUCGACACAGGAGGAGGUGAAGGCGGAUGCUACUGAUUCACAAGUACUGAAAGAGGCUCAACAUACUGCAGGGGGCUCAGCACGCAUGUCUCUCCUGAUUCUGGUGUCUAUCUUCACCUGUGCUGCCUCAGUCAUGUACCUGGUCUACAGGAACUUCCCAGAGCUUCCUGAUGAUGAAAUGGAGAAAAUCAAGAUCCCUAAAGACAUGGAAGAUGCCAAAGCUUUGGGAACUGUGCUGUCCAAAUACAAAGACACAUACUAUACCCAAGUGUUGGUGGCCUACUUCGCAACAUAUGUUUUCCUCCAGACAUUUGCAAUCCCUGGGUCUAUCUUCCUCAGCAUCCUGUCUGGAUAUCUUUACCCUUUCCCCUUGGCGCUUUUCUUAGUCUGCUUGUGCUCUGGCCUGGGUGCUUCCUUUUGCUAUAUGCUGUCAUAUCUGGUGGGCAGACCCAUGGUCUACAAAUAUCUCACAGAGAGAGCACAGAAAUGGUCCCAGCAGGUUGAAAAACAUCGAGAUCAUUUAAUCAAUUACAUCAUCUUCUUGAGGAUAACUCCCUUUCUUCCCAACUGGUUCAUCAACAUCACCUCGCCUGUCAUCAACGUGCCUUUGGGAGUUUUCUUCAUCGGUACCUUUCUCGGAGUGGCACCGCCAUCCUUUGUAGCGAUCAACGCAGGUACGACACUGUACAAACUGACCACAGCUGGCGAGGCCGUGUCCUGGAACUCUCUGGCUGUGCUCGGUGUACUCGCUGUGCUCUCGAUCCUCCCCGUCUGCUUCCAGAAAAAGCUGCAGAAGAAACUAGAGUAGAACGCCUAAACACCUCAGCACCUCAUCUGCCAGCUGAUCCCAACAUCCCCUUCCCUCGGCUCAGGAACGUGCAGCUGUCACUCAAGUUGCUCUGCCUCAGUCUCAUACACGGCUGCUGUUGUGCUGCUGGUGGGAGAAUCUCUGGCACAACAAGCACUCGUUGACCACAAAACGCAUGCAGUGGUGGGUUGUUCCUGAUGUUAAGUAAACUGGCCGCUGCUUGCACAAGUUUUUUUGGUUUCUGUGAAUUAUGUUGUUGAUUGUGGCACAUCUUGUAAAUAUGAGAAAUUGCGUUUUUGUUUAUAUUUAAGUCACUGCUAAUUAUUGUAUGAUUUAUUGCCAGACAAUUAAAGGUGCUACUUGUAGGAUGUUGAAGUAAAACACAUUAUUCUGAUACAGUUGUUCCAUAUGGCCUACUUUUCACUCUUGUCUUGCUAGAAACUGCUAAAAACAAUGUAAUCAAUACCUUGUUGAAGCUGUUGCAAGCAUCGUUUUUUUUUAAUACUGUAACAAAUUGUACUAUUACAUUUGCUUUGGCAGUAGCAUAUUAUUUACUUCAUCCUAUUUGUAGCACCUUUAAGUUCUACUCUCUUUUUAAUAUUUAUUUUAAAAUGCUUGUGUCUAAUUUCAACCUAAUGAUGUGUUGCAAAUAAACUCCCGCACACUGGUCUAACUUGCAAUAGUACAUUUAUUUGCGGCGUUUCGGUGCUAGACCUUCAGCGGGCAAAAUGCCUUGAGUUUAUUUGCAACUAUGGAUUGGCGCGUCCCGCUCCUACGCACCUGUCUCAAGAAAUAGAUGUGUGAAGUAUACUUCUGUUCAAACCUAAUGAAGUGUACCACCACAGCAAUAACUGUCACACUACUGUUGAAAGUAGUAGUAGUUUUUAAAAAGUUAAUUUUGAUACCUGGUGCAUGCCUCGGCAAACGUAUGCAGCAUGAGGAAAGAAUGAAGCUGUGGAGAAGAAAAAUGUAAUGUCUGAUCUUAGUAAGUGCUACUUUUGUUGACAUGUUAGUGAGUUCAUGUUUUUCCUCGAAAGGUGCCUGGAUCCACUGCCACACAACAGCUCUUUUUAUUUUAAUCCCGUUUCUCUUCACAUUAGCAGCCUAAAGAUGCUCUUUUCCACUCUAACUUGUGAAGAACUGACUGAGCCGGUAAUAUUUCCUCACAGGACAUCCAAACUGCAAGAUGCCGAACUCUAGGCAUCGCCCAGUUCAAAUUGGUAUUUUUAAUUAAGAAGUGAGCACAGAUUAUGUCAACAACACAACUGAUUUAUGUGUGGUAAAAUAAAAAUAAAAAAAGUUAGUGAAAAGCCAAACAGAAUCAUCUUGGUUUGUAAAUCCAGGGUGACGUCGGUUCACAUGUUUUGCGUACUUCUAGGUGUGCACACACACAUACUCUAGGAGUAUGUGUGUGUGCUUCUCACCCCAUUAUAUUGUUUGCUGUUCCAGCAUAGAACUGGAGAUGUUGUCCAUACAAUGGAUGAUACACCAGUGCCCUCAAUAAGACUGCAAACGGACUGAUGUAUCCAAGCUUUACGUUGCUUUUUACUGCUUCCAUUCUUCACCAGGAGAAAUGUAUUAUGAUGCCUGAUUUAUGUUGUUAGUUUUUGUUCUUUAAAUUGUUUUGAAUGGCUAAUUGUGUCCUCUGCUAUAAAAGCUUACUGAUUUUUUCCAUUUAGAUGUCUUUUGUUUAGUUUUUUGACCUAUGUACCAAGGCAACUUAUUGCUGCUGCUUAAAAACUUUCUGGAUGGUUACCAGAGACGUUGAUGCAGUGAAUGUACAUGCAGAUGACUUAUUAGACAGACUUUUCUUUAAUCUUAAAAAAAAUGCACAUUUAUAGAGACAGUUGGUUUGAUGUAUUUUGAGAUUUCCUGUUUUUACUUUAAUGUCCUAUUAGUCAACAGGUUUACUGCGUACUACUGUGAGAUUAUUAACCUCUCAAACCCAGAUUUUGAGUGACAUACAUAAGCAUCAAUUUAUGUGAAACUUGAGCGGUUCUACUGUAUGAGGACACUAAUGUCUGGGCAUUUUCUGCUCGCCAUACUUUUUGUAGCAGGAAAUAAUGCUACUUCAGUCAAAUACUGUUGGGUUGUUUUUAUGGUUUUUACUGGUUUAUGAGAGCUGCAUUUGUACACCUGAGGUACACUGUUGGUUAAGUGGUAAACAUUCACUAAACUGGUCCUAAAACUGUUUUUUGUUUUAAUUCAAUUUCUAUUCCAAGCGUCAUGCUGAACAUGUACUCAAAUUGGAAAAAAAUAUUGCUGUUUUUUGUCCCAUUGUCAAAGAUAUAGUGAGAUAAUUCUUGUGUAACCCUCUGUUAACAUUUCAAAAAGCAGUAUUAUUUUGUACUGAGCAGUGAUGUAUUGCAGUAUGAAGUGUUUACAGAUUGUACAUUUCUGUCCUAUCUAAUCAAAUGUCUGUUUUUUUAAUAUUUAUUGAAUCAUUAAAAUGAUCUUUACAGAA